AUGGCUGUUGUUAGUCCUGAAGCUGUUGUCGGCACAACGAUUGCCUUCUCCUUCAUCCUGUUUGGCAAUGCCAUCACACAAUCUUUCAUGGGCGUCCCGGCUCUGCUGGUUGAUUUUCCAUCCCCGACUUCGCCAGACCAUGCGGCACGCGUGCGUCUAUUAGGCCGGCAGUGGCCCGUGUUCUGGGCCGUUGGGAACGUCUUUUUCCGGCCUAUUAGCACUUUCGGCAUACUUGGAUACGGGUACACCGCCUACGCCGCAUCUUCAGGAAGCGGCAGGCUAGGCGACUGGAGACUGUAUGCGCUUGCCGCGGCUUGUCACUUGGUGACUGUCGUACACUCCGCGAAGAACAUGCAGCCAAUAAAUGAGAAGUUGGAUGCUUUGAAGGAGCCCAAAGCACCAGGAGUCGAUUCGGCUGAGGCGGAGACUUAUGCGAGGAGGUGGAUCAAGUUCAAUUCAGUCCGGCUUGUCAUGCCCCUCAUUGCUGGAUCAGUUGCGCUUUGGCAAACGCUGAAGUCGUUGUAG